GUGUAACUCUCUGCUCCACCGGUUCGUGGAUACGCGAAAACAAUAUCAGAGGAAGCGAGAGCGCGGGCGGGCAUAUACCGGUCGAAGCUGAGCGGGAGAAGAAAGAAGAAAACCAAAGAAGAAGAGAGAAAUGGCGGCUUCAAUGAUGGCGUCAGUGAGCCUGAAACCAGCUCCGUUCACGGCGGAGAGAUCGGGAGCGAGAGGGCUGCCUUCUCUCGCCAGGACCUCCUCUUCCUUCAAAGUCGAGGCCAGUGGUGUCAAGAAGAUCAAGACCGACAGGCCUUAUGGAACCGGUGGUGGAAUGAACCUGAGAGAUGGUUUGGAUGCUUCUGGGAGAAAGCCCAAGGGAAAGGGUGUUUACCAAUACACUGACAAGUACGGCGCCAACGUCGAUGGGUACAGUCCCAUCUACUCACCAGACGAGUGGUCUCCAAGCGGUGAUGUCUAUGUUGGUGGGACCGUUGGUUUGGCCAUAUGGGCUGUGACCCUAGCUGGGAUUCUUGCAGGCGGAGCACUGCUCGUGUACAGCACCAGUGCUUUGUCUCAGUAGACCGAGACAUCUAAGUUAAUUGUACUUUCGAAGUGAACUUUCAAGUGCCCUUGUGCUCCCCAUUGUAUUUUCCAUAGCCACCGCACUUAUUUCAUCAUAGCACCGUUGCGCUUAAGCAGCAGCAAUUAUACUGUUGAACUUCGUGCAAUUUUAUCGUGGUUUUGUGUAGUAUGUCCAUUGUGGGAUUUAUUGCUCGGACUGAUUUACGUGGUCACUUUCGUCUUA